AAUAAAAAAUUGUGUAUAAACCAUACCACUAGAUAUCGCAUCGUGUACUCGUAGGACCCCCCCCCACCUUAUGAUUGGUGCAAUUUUACUGGACCCUCGCGCCCAACAUAUUCACUUUUUGUAUCCAGACGCCGGUUUUUAAAGCACAUUAAAAAGAAAAUAGAAGCUGUUAUUUGUAAAAUAUUUGUAUCAAGUUCAUUGAAAUAGAAAAAUGGAACAUCGGGUUAAAAGCUUCUUAGUGAUUUUGACAUUAGCUACUCUUGCACAAUACUAUGCUCAAGAGACGUCAAAACCCAAUGAAAAUCCUUCUUCACCAGCAAAAAUUACUGUACAAGUAUUUUAUGAAGGCCAUUCUGUAGAUAGUAAAAAAUUUAUCAAAGAACAAUUAAUACCUACAAAUAAAGCAUUGAAUGAAUAUAUGGAUAUUAAAUUGAUGCCUUUUGCCUUGGGUCAUAUUCAAAAUCAAAAUACUACUGAAUAUACUUUAACCUGUGGAAGUGAUAAAUCGAACAAUUGUAUAGAAGACAAAGUACAUGCUUGUGCUAUUUCAUUAUUAGACCAAAAUAAAACUUUGGACUUCAUAAACUGUACAAUGUUGCUCGAAGAAGCUGAUGUUAAUGAAAAAAUAAAAAAAUGUGGAAAUGAUAUUAAAUUAGAUUCAGAUGUAAUUAGUGGCAUUUCUAACUGUGUCAAUAAAGAUUUUUAUGCCCUUUUAAAGAAAGAUGAAACUGCUCAUAUUGAAGCAAAUAUUAAGACUGUGCCAACAGUUUUCAUAGCCAAUAAUAAUACAGAAGACACUGCGGAAUUAGCAAAAUCAGAUUUGAAGAAAGCAGUUUGUGAAUCAAUUCCUGAACCUAAACCAUCUCAAUGUUCUACUAGUGGAGCUGAUGCAAUAAUUGCUGGAAUGUUACCUUUAUUAAUUGGUGCUUAUUUUUUUAUAAAAUCAUUUUAAAUCUUGACAUCUGUUAAAAUUACUUACCUAUGUAGGUUAAAAUUCUAAAAUUUAAUUGUAUUUUCCUAUAAAUAGCUAUUAAAUAAAUAGGUUAAAAUCUCCUUGUUUUAGUAUUUUAAUAUUUACUAUCAUAUAUGUAUUUACUAUAUCUAGAUUUAUAGCAUUUCUUCAUUUGUUAUUAUAU